AGUCAGUCAGCCAGCGUGACUGUUGAAGUGCAUCUUCUCUCUCAUUUGCAUUUGUUCCGCUUCCUCAACAAGAAACAGUUCAUGUGAAAGAGCUGUGAGAGAAAAUAAGAUUGGAGCACUGAAAUGAGCAGGUACACUGAGGAUGGGGCUGUUCAGUGUAGAAGACUUUCUGAGCUGGAUUGUUGCUGAUUGAAGUGCAAAGCACGGAGGUGGCUUUACGCUUCGAUUAGAAUGCUGCAUGAAUAUGACAGUCUGUCAGGAGACAAAGCCGCCACAUGCCACUGGGAACAUCAAGGGUAAUUAGAGACCUGGCACUGGUACAUCACGACAGCAGCAGUGUUACCAUGGAGACUGGCAAGCCAGGAUUGGCGAGUGCUCCAUUGCACAUCAGCUCCGUCGCAGCGCAGACAGAGAAAAGGAUGGACAUCCAGGCCCCGCUGACGGCUGUUUACAUCCACACAGUGCCUGCUCUACCCGCACAGCCUUACCCCCAGCCUCCUGCAGCCGCUCGCGAGCCAGCCACACUCCAUCUGGCCAUGCCGCCCCUCUACUCCAAGGAGACGCUUCCCUUUCUGACACUCCAUAUUGCCGGUGGACUGCAGUCUCAGCCGGGAUUGAGUCUGGCAGCUGCUGCUCCUGCAGCCAGACCCAAGUCGGCGGGAAAGCACGUGUGUCCUCACUGUGGACGGGACUGUAUGAAGCCCAGUGUGCUGGAGAAGCAUCUCCGCUGCCACACAGGGGAGCGACCUUACCCCUGCACCACUUGUGGAGUUUCUUUUAAGACUCAGAGCAACCUCUACAAACAUAAGCGCACUCAGGCUCAUGCACGACAAUCUUCUGAAUCAGACCAGAGCAGCCUGAGCCUAGACAGCAUGUCCAGCUCCAGAGAGACUUGUACCUCUAGUUUGUCUCUGGAUGAGCGCAGUCAGGAGUCCGGCAGCACGGAAAAGGAAGCCAUACUACCUGCUGCUGAGAUAACCACUGCAGCCAGUACUGCAAAGGUCUACUCUGUAAAUACAGAAGGUUCUGUCGGUGAACAGAAUAACUUGAUACUUGCAGGUCAGAAGACAGAGGCAAACGAAAGUGCAAUGGUAUCAAUAGAGGGAGAAAAACAGAGCCUUGAAAAAGAAAAAUCUCUGUUGUCUGCCGGUCGACAUCUUCCUCUUCAGAGACAAGAGGCCACUCUGUUUUCCAAGCAGUGGGAGAGCUCUGUAUCCAGAGGGAAAUCCCAGAGCCACGAGAGCACAGACUCAGGCUUCAGUGAGAGCAGUGACAGCGUUUUACCCGACCACAGUAUGGAUUCCCUCACCGAAUCCACUAAGGAGCAUCUUGAAGAAACCACCAGCACACAAACACCUUCAGAACCAAGCCAAUGUGGACAACCCAAAGAAAAUGCAAGGGAGCAGGAGCAGAAGACACUGGAGGAGCGCAUAUCAAAGCUGAUUUCAGAGAAUACAGCUGUUGUUGAGGACAAACAGCUGGAGAAUGUAAGGCCACGAAAGACAGUUCUGUCAAAGCAGGGUAGUAUUGACCUCCCUAUGCCGUAUACGUACAAGGACUCCUUUCACUUUGACAUGAAGAUCAGUAAGACUCCGAAUGUUGGGUUACAGAGAAACAAGAAACCUGGCCUCUACAACUCUGUGCCCACUCAGCGAUCCAACACCAUGGAGCACGCCCCCCUGACCCGCAGCAACUCCCUCCCUUUCAGCGUUACCCUCCUGCAGCCCGAGAGGAGCAGCCCGACCUCCUCCUAUCAGAGUGAUUAUGUAACACUUGUUCGGAGGGGGAGCUCGGGCCAGAUCAAUCCAACAGGUUUUGCAAUCAAGCCUGUGAACCAGCAUUCAUCCACCCACCGCCCACUGGUCCGGCAGACAGCCGUAGACUGCAACCACGCAACAGACGGUCUCUUCGUCAAUUCAUCUGUGGAGGAGGCAUGCGCCGGCAGUCUCAGCUGCGAUGGGGACGGUGGUGACAUUUGUGGAGAGCCAAGCAACAGAAAGUUCCGGAGGAAGAAAGCACAGAAGUUUGCCUACAACAAGUGGUACAUGUACGGGGGAGGGACUUUUAAGAAGCUCUACAAUGCGGAGAAAGGUGGUGAUGGCAGCGUUAUCAAAGGCAGGAAAUGUUCAACAAACCCAGAGCACGAGGUCGCGCAGGGCCUGCAGAAAAAGCUGCCAGCAGUUCAUAAAGAAACAGUAGCAACAACAGGCUCGACAAUAAACUUCACAACCUGCGGUACAACAGUGUGUCAUCCAGGCUGCCCUACUGCCAAAGUAUCACUCGUCUCUGCUGUGGAUUUUAAUCUAAAAACUAGCCAGCUUCAAACAUCAUGCAGCUCUCUUAAGACUCCACUUCGGAGAAACCUGUCUUUGUCAAUACUGCCACUAUCUUCAAUCGGAUCAUUGAUUAGCCACCAAACGGACAGCAUGAGCAGAGCAGAGGGAGGGAGAGUGACUGAUGAAGAAAAGCAUACUGACUCCACCUCGCAGCUCUGUGGAGCCCAGAUUCCCUCCGACAGAAAAAAACAGAAAACUGAUUUUAAAAUAAUUUGCCCUCUAGAGAUGGAUACCGACCCAAACACAGUGACUCAUCCCCUCCCCUCUGUCACUGGCAGUGUGCCUCAGCAGGAUACAAAUCUCAGUUAUAUCAAUCUCCAAAACAAUCCAAAACACACUCAGCUCAAAGCGGCUGUCUUUCCAACAUGCCUAAUCAAUGCAAAUACACCGUCUGUUAACACCUCGUCGGCCACUUCCACACCCUCCACUGCCAAGGCCAGCUUCCUGCCCAAGUACCAGCUCAAGUUACCUAAUGCUGCCGAACCUGAUUCCAAUCCUUCACCACAUGUUGUGGAUAAACCAACAGGAACUUAUGGCUGCACUCUCACCUCCUCUUUGUCAUCUUCUUACCCUGAGCAAACCUCACCCUCUGUCAAAACUUCUGAGAAGAAAUGUGGUGAUGCUGUCACCUCACCAAUGAUGCAGCCAGACGCUCAGAACGUCUUUCAUGUUCACACAGCAGACCUCCAGAUCUGUCUCCAGAUCAUCUCUGAUGAGCAGCUGGCUCUCAUUGAACCCCAAAUUGAGAGGCAAGCAGGUGGCACCCUCUCACAGAGGUGUGAUGUGGAAGCCCCAGAAGUGAUCCAGAAUAAAGCUCAAGGCUCUGUCACCAUGGAAAGCAGCAAUGAGGGACAUCAGCAAGGACAUCAAAGAGAGUCUUUACCCACACUUAACAUGGGAAUAAAACCUCCACUGUCUAGGAGCAACUUUUGCCAGAAACAAGGGUCAGCCAAGGUGGAUUGA